AUGGCCAGCAAUCCACUGAUGCACAAGCUUAACUCCCACCUGGCCAAGUUGCUGGAGGUACCCUUGCUGCUAAACCACUUAAUGGAUUCUACUGCCUUCAAGGAUCUGAUGGGGGUAAAAGAGGUGACUUUACUUGGUCAGAAUGUCAAUAGUUACCUUGACACUACUUCAGUUCAGAUUCCUACUACCGAGACCUCACAUCUUAGUCGUGGCUUCAGCACCAUCUACAAACCAAGACAAGUAGGAUUCCGGUUUGUGGACCUCCUGGAUCAGGUUUCUAGAAUAGACCCAGAAAUGAGAAUACGCUUUACAUCUCCACAUCCUAAAGAUUUCCCUGAUGAGGUUCUUCAUCUAAUAAGAGAGCGUCAUAACAUCUGCAAACAAAUCCACAUUCCAGCUCAAAGUGGAAGCAACAGAGUCCUGGAAGCCAUGCGUCGGGGUUACACAAGAGAAGCUUACUUGGAUCUUGUACAAAAUAUCCAAGAGCACAUCCCAGGUUUGUUGUCCCCUCCCCUUGUGAUUUAAUUUCUUCUAUAUAAUCCAUUGACUAUACACCGGAGGUCAGCAACCCCUGGCACUCCAUUCGGUUAUAUGGAAGUUCACAGAA